GAGUAGAGCGAGGGAAGACGAUCAGACGACAAGAAGCCAGCCGCACUGCGUCACCUUUAUUAUCAGGAGGUGCGCACACGUGCAAUCUUUGGCUGGCGGGUUUAAACGUUUUGCGUAUAGACAAGACCACCUUUGUCCUAUGCAGCACGGUGAAGAAGACAGACGAUAUUCCACGGUUCUACCGUUCUACCGGGUCGAAUUCGUUUACCGAUUUAUAUCGACGGCCGGUUUUGUUUUUAAUGCGAAUGCGAUGCGAUGCGAUGCUUGCGAUGCCCGUGCUAAUGGUAAUGCGACGGGGUUCCAGGCGUUGUUCCCUUUACCAUCUGAUUUUCGUUCACUCUUCUAGGGAUACUUUUUCAUCGACAUCUAUCUACUGUUGCUUUUUGUAUCUAUAUGCGAAAAAUGGAUAUCUAGCUCGAAAACUUGGGCGAUUCCAGCCAAGGGUAUAUUUAACCAUUAUUUAUCUACUAAUAUACAUACCAUCAUCUACACAAGACAAGUCUUUCAGCUACAUUGCGCAUCUUGAAAUGUCCCGAUCGUUCCGAGGUUUUCCGCGUGACGCAACAUGUCUGGUUCCGACCAUCCGCGCAACCAACAACCAUCAUCACCCAUUCGUUUCCCUUCGCACAAACAAAUUUUCAGAAUGUCUUAUCUCGAUGCAUCAUCAAUAUUGCUAUUAGUCUAGCUUCACGCACCAUGCCCUACACACCACACGACACACAUCUCCGCGUACCAUCCUCUCCCCCAACCUCGUCUCCGAAACACCACACGAACAGAUAUAGUUAACAUAUUUCCCCUCUUAAUCAAGUCCCGCACGUCGAAGG